GCUGGCGGGCGCCGGGCGCUCAAGGAGCAGAGGACGGCCGGCCCAGCCCAGCCCGGCGCACCCCGCCGCCUCCCCAGUGCCCGCCGCAGCGCAGCCUCCCGCCUGUUGUAUGUCCCAGGCCUCAAUGAGGAGCCCAAACAUGGAGCCCUUCAAGCAGCAGAAGGUGGAGGACUUUUACGACAUCGGAGAGGAGCUGGGGAGUGGUCAGUUCGCCAUCGUGAAGAAGUGCCGGGAGAAGAGCACGGGUCUUGAGUAUGCAGCUAAGUUCAUCAAGAAGCGGCAGAGCCGGGCGAGCCGGCGUGGUGUGAGCCGGGAGGAGAUCGAGCGGGAGGUGAGCAUCCUGCGGCAGGUGCUACACCGCAACGUCAUCACUCUGCACGACGUCUACGAGAACCGCACCGACGUGGUGCUCAUCCUUGAGCUAGUGUCUGGAGGAGAGCUCUUCGAUUUCCUGGCCCAGAAGGAGUCACUGAGUGAGGAGGAGGCCACCAGCUUCAUUAAGCAGAUUCUGGAUGGGGUGAACUAUCUUCAUACAAAGAAAAUUGCUCACUUUGAUCUCAAGCCAGAAAACAUUAUGUUGUUAGACAAGAAUAUUCCCAUUCCACAUAUCAAGCUGAUUGACUUUGGUCUGGCUCACGAAAUAGAAGAUGGAGUUGAAUUUAAGAACAUUUUUGGGACGCCAGAAUUUGUGGCUCCAGAAAUUGUGAACUACGAGCCCCUGGGUCUGGAGGCUGACAUGUGGAGCAUAGGCGUCAUCACCUACAUCCUCCUAAGUGGAGCGUCCCCUUUCCUGGGAGACACAAAGCAGGAAACAUUGGCAAAUAUCACAGCAGUGAGUUACGACUUUGAUGAGGAAUUCUUCAGCCAGACGAGCGAGCUGGCCAAGGACUUCAUUCGGAAACUUCUGGUUAAAGAGACCCGGAAACGGCUCACAAUCCAAGAGGCUCUGAGACACCCCUGGAUCACGCCAGUGGACAACCAGCAAGCCAUGGUGCGCAGGGAGUCUGUGAUCAAUCUGGAGAACUUCAAGAAGCAAUAUGCCCGCAGGCGGUGGAAGCUCUCCUUCAGCAUCGUGUCCUUAUGCAACCACCUCACCCGCUCACUGAUGAAGAAGGUGCACCUGAGGCCGAAUGAGGACCUGAGGAACUGUGAGAGUGACACGGAGGAGGACAUCGCCCGGAGGAAAGCCCUCCACCCGCGGAGGAGGAGCAGCACCUCCUAACUGGCCCGGCCUGCAAUGGCUGCCAGGGAGGUCUGGGCCCAGUGGGGCUCCCUUCUGUGCAGACUUGUGGACCCAGCACAUCGUCAGCACCUGGGCAUCCUGAGCACUUCGCAAGAGAGACGGACCCACAGAAUUCAGAAGAGCUUGCAGGCGAGCCCGGAGACCCUGGGAGCUGUGGCUGUCUCCUAUGAAGGAGGCUCGGGUAUUCCCAAAGCUCUUAAUUCUCCAUAAAAUGGGUUUUCCUCUGCCUGCCAUCCUCAGACCCUGGGGUAGGGGUAUGGACUUAGGGAAAUAAUAUAAAGGACACCAUCAUCAUCAUGGGGUGAAGGUCAGACCCAGGCAGUCUUCCUCACAGGGUGAGGGGGUUCAGAACCAGCCUGGCCAAAAAUUACACCAGGAAGACAGAGUCUUCCCCAGUGGGAACAGGGUGAUUGAGGAAAGUGAACGUUGUGUGUGAGGAACCAAUCCUGUGACCUUCCAGAACCGUGGGAGCAGGAUGUCAGGCUGACCAACACAUCAGACCUUCUAAAGCAGCCCACUGCUGGCCUGCCAUGUUGUAAUUUUGCUCAUUUUUAUUAAACUUCUGGUUUGCCUGAGGUUUGGCUUCUUUUAGGGCUACCCCCAUCUGGUUUCCUUGAGCUGGUGUGCCUGUGAUUCUGGAGGGGCACCCAGUGGGGUGCUCAGUGGGCAGAAUCUCAGAAAGUCCUACUGAACCAUCCCCACAGGCCUGCAGUGGGUCUGCCUCCUCCUUGCUUCCCUAACGGGAAGGUGUCCAGUCCAAAAGAAUCCACCCAGUGACUGGGCAUGGUGGCUCACGCCUGUAAUCCCUGCACUUUGGGAGUCCGAGGCAGGGGAAUCGCUUGAGUUCGGAGUUGGAGACCAGCCUAGGCAACAGGGCAAAACCCAGUCUCUACAAAAAAUACAAACUAUUGGCCGCGUAUGGUUUAUAGGCACCUGGCAUCCCAGCUACUCCAGGGGCUGAGGUGGGAGCACUGCUUGAGCCCAGAAGGUCGAGGCUGCAGUGUGCCGACAUCACGCCACUGCACUCCAGCCUGGGUGAUGGAGUGAGACUGUAUUAAAAAAUAAAAAAAAAAUUGCCGAAGAUGAGCAUUCCUGUGCUCCCUCUGCCACCACUGCCACCACUCCUGCUGUUAGGGGCUGAGUGAGUCUCCCCACAGCUCUUAUGUUGAAGUCUCAACCCUCAGUACCACGGAAUAUCACUGUAUUUGGAGAUGGGGUCUCUAGAGAGGCAAUUAAAAUGAGCUCACUGGGGUGGGGCCCAAUGCAAUAUAACUGGUGUCCUUAUAAGAAGGGGAGAUUAGGACACGCAGGAAAGACCGCAUGAACGCCCAGGAGUAGGGAGGGGGAAUAGCCAUCAACAAACCAAGGAGGGGGGCCUCAGAGGAAACCAGCCCUACUGACACCUCCAUCUUAGACUCUGGCCUCCAAAAUUGUAAGAAAAUAAACUUCUGUCUUUUAAGCCA